AUACAUUACAUGCGCUUAGAGAGGAGACAGGCAACAGUUCGGACACAGCAGAGCAGACCUCAGUGACUGUGUCUCCUCCAGCAGACCACAUCGCUCCCCACUGUCUCCAUUCACGGCAUUUACUGGAACCGAGCUUGAUUCAAAGCUAACAAAGCUGACUUUGCAAAGAACACAACUUGCUCCUCUUGCAGUUGAAUGGAAAUAAAAGCAACCCUGUGACCUUGAAAGAUGAAGAUGUUGUUGCCAUGGGAACUCUUAAUCCUGCUGUCACUCAAGAGCUGCCUAGCAGAGAGGAUUAUUCGACAUGGGCCAGUGUUCACCCAGGAGCCCAGUGACAGUGUUUUCCCUUUAAGCGCAGAAGACAACAAGAUAUUUAUUAACUGCAAAGCCAAGGGAAGUCCAGCACCACAAUACAAGUGGAAAUUCAACAGGAAAGAUCUUGAUAUUGACUUGGACUACAGCCUUGCUGAGGGAAACCUUUUGAUCAAUAACCCUCAGGCAACUAAACACAGUGGUGUUUACCAGUGUAUCGCCACUAAUGCAUUUGGAACCAUCCUGAGCCGAGAGGCUAAAGUGGAGUUUGCAUACCUGCAGAAUUUCAGUAGCAAGGCCAGAAGUCCAGUAUUAGUGAGAGAAGGACAGGCUGUUGUGCUCCUGUGCGGUCCGCCACCCCACUUUGGAGAAAUCAGAUACUCCUGGAUAUUUAAUGGCCGCCCCAGCAUUGUUGUUGGGGACAACCGACGAUUUGUGUCCCAGAAGACUGGAAACUUGUAUAUUGCAAAAGUUGAGACAUCAGACGUGGGCAACUACACGUGCGUGGUAAGGAAUGUGAUGACCAAUACAACCGUCUACAGUUCCCCAACUCCAGUGGUGCUACGUCGGGACGCUGUGAUGGGGGAAUAUGAGCCAAAGAUUGAAGUCCAGUUUGAAAAAAUGCUUCACGUUGCCAAAGGAUCAUCGGUUCGACUGGAGUGUUUCGCUUUAGGAAAUCCAGUGCCUUCUAUUUCCUGGAAGAGAGCAGAUGGAAGCCCCUUCCCAGGAAAAAUGAAGAUAAAUCACUCAAAUGGUGUCCUAGAGAUCCCAUAUUUCCGUCCAGAGGAUUCUGGACUUUAUGAAUGCGUGGCUGAAAACUCCAAAGGACGCAGUAUUGCAAAAGGACGUCUUGUAUUUCAAAAUGUGGAACAACUACAGUGGUCGCAGACUCUGUAUGAUGCAAACACGGCUAUUGAGUCUGAUCUUCACUGGGAGUGCAAGGCUAAUGGAAAACCUCAACCGGUUUACCGAUGGCUCAAGAAUGGACAGUCUUUGGUUUCUCAGGACAGAAUUCGUGUUGAUGGUGGCGGGUUAACCAUCUCCAACAUGAACCUGAUGGAUUCUGGGAUGUAUCAGUGUUUGGCUGAGAAUGAUAAUGGAGUUAUAUAUGCAAGUGCUGAGCUUAAAGUUGUGGCCUCUCCUCCAGACUUCUCAAAAAACCCAGUGAAGAAGACCACUCUGAUCCGGAUAGGUGGGGAAGCUAUCAUCGAGUGCCGACCGCACGCGUCCCCCAGAGCUUCCUACACUUGGAGGAGAGGCAGUGAGUUCCUAAAAGACAGCAAGAGGUACAGGCGGACCAUCUCAGAGGACGGCACCCUCAGGAUUGCCAAUGUUACCAAAUCCGACGCAGGGAGGUACACUUGUGUUGCCAAAAACCCCUUUGGUACAUCCAGCAGUUCUGGGACUUUAGUGGUCAAAGAACCAACCAAGAUUACAGUCCCUCCUUUGAGUAUGGAUGCCACAGUAGGGGAGAGCAUUGUCUUGCCAUGUGAAGUAUCUAAAGACUCCACUCUAUACCCCAUCUUCAAGUGGUUCUUCAACGGAAAGCUCAUCGAUUUCAGUAGACACGAUCACUUCGGGAUGAUUGGAGGGGGAUCUUCUGGGGAUCUUAUGAUCAGGAACGUGCAGCUCAAGCACUCUGGGAAGUACGUCUGCAUGGUGCAUACAGCUGUGGACAGUGUGUCUGCAGCAGCAGACUUAAUUGUCAGAGGGCCCCCUGGUGCUCCAGUGGGUGUGUUGGUGGGGGACGUCACAGACAGGACUGCUCAGCUCUCGUGGGGCCCCGGACCUGACAACCACAGUCCCGUUAACCUCUACAUCGUGCAAGCCAGGACCCCCUUCUCUAUCGGCUGGCAGGCAGUCAAAACUGUUCCUGAUUCUGUGCCUGGACAGAUGAUUCAUGCAAUGGCAGCGAAUCUCAAUCCGUGGGUUGAUUAUGAAUUUAGAGUUGUGGCUAUCAACAAUGUGGGGGUGGGGGAACCCAGCGUGCCAUCCAAACCCGUUCGCACCAAAGCUGCAGGUCCUGAAGUCGCCCCAGCUAACGUGAGUGGGGGGGGAGGAAGCCGAGGCGAACUGGUGAUUGUUUGGGAGCCUGUGCCAGAGGAGCUGCAAAAUGGAGAAAAGUUUGGAUAUGUGGUGGCAUUUCGUCCCCUUGGCACCACAACAUGGAAACAGAGCGUUUUGGCCUUGGCAGAUGCAUCACGAUACAUUUAUAAAAAUGAUACUUUUCUGCCACUCACUCAGUUUGAAGUCAAAGUCGGCGUCUACAACGAGAUUGGAGAGGGACCGUUUAGCCCUGUGGUCAUUGUAUAUUCAGCAGACGAAGAACCUUCGGUUGCUCCUCCUAGAGUCUGGGCCCGCAGUUUGUCCGCAUCUGAGAUCGAGGUAUUCUGGGAACCUGUUCACCAAAGCGGCAGCAAAGGAUGGAUAACAGGCUAUGAGGUGCAGUGGUUGGAGGACGGGUCGCCUGAAAGCGAUGCAGAGCGAGUAAGGGUCACGGAAAGCUCAGUCAUUAUCACAGGUCUGAAGGGAAGCACGCUUUAUCUGAUGUCAGUCAGAGCACACAACAGUGCAGGCACCGGGCCUUCCAGUGCACCUAUCAACAUCACCACCAGGAAGCCACCUCCAAGUCAACCCCCAGGGAACAUUGAGUGGAACCUGACAAACUCAAAGGUCUUUCUGAACUGGGAACACGUGAAGGCGAUGGACAAUGAAUCAGAAGUAACCGGCUACAAGGUUGUGUAUCGUCAAAACUGGCACAGGGGAAACAGCGUAGUCGAGACCAACAGGACGUCCGUAGAGCUUCAGUUGCCAUCGGAAGAGGACCUGCUUGUUCAGAUCAAAGCCCUGAGUGACGGAGGAGACGGCAGCAGCAGCAGCCCUAUACGCAUUCCAAAGAUGUCAAGCCUGAACUCAAGGGGAUACUUCAGUUCAGACGCAAGCAAGAUGGCCCGUGUUCACGGAGUAGUGUUUCUGAUCUUGUCAUGGUUGUUUUCAUAGAACUUUGCAAUUGUUUAAAGCUGAAGGGUGUCACUUCUAUGCCACUUAUAUCGCCAACUGGAAUUUCAAAAACGAUUAUGGUUUCCCAGACACUGUACUACUGUCUGCUACAGAGAGAAAUCAACCUAAAAACUGCUUAAUUGCAAUUGAUAAACAAAUAUGAGGAAAUAGUUUAACACUGGGAAAAAGAUACACACAUCAGCUUUAAUACUUAAAAAAUCUAAUUGGGUGGAUAUAUUGGAUUUAUUGUCCUUUUUUUUUUAAAGAGGAAAAAAAAAUGGUAAAUCAGCUCCAUUGCCUUGUAUUGUGAAUUUUAUUUUUAUGUAUUUUUUACCUCUAUGUCAAACUAUUCGUCUUUUGUAUGUAGAUUUUAUGCAAAAAAAAAGCAGGCUUUCUCUUUCUUUUUUUCUUUCUUUUUUUUUUCUUUUUUUUUGCUUAGAUAUUCAGAACUGAGAUUCAAAUUAAGCACAAUAUUAAGCCAUGUAAUGUAAUAGUGACCUGGAAUGUUGGAUCUUUAAGAGAAAUCCUUGAAUUAUGAAUUAUACCCAUGCUGUUUUUCCUUUCACACACGUCAGUCAAGUCAGUGACGCUGUGUUUGUGUAUGUAAAAAGGCCUUUAGAUAGAUGAGAACAGCCUUGAGAUAUUACUGUUUUAAAGAAUAGAGGCAGUUUGGUUUGAUACAUAGUUUCUGGAUAAUUACACAGAUUUCUUGCUGCUAGUUAGUAUUAUUUAUUAGUUUGGACAAUUACGAAAGUCAAUCAUUUGAUUUCGUACGAAAAGCAUUUCUUUUUCCUUUAAAUUCAACCCAUAAUUCAUCAGUUCAAUUAUGAUUUAUUCUGUCAUUCACAUUAUGCUAUGGGAGACAGUUUUCCUUCCUGAUAUCCCUCAAAGAUUAUUCAUCAUGUUUGUUCCUGUGAAAAUAUUUCUUGCCAACAUCUUCUGGAUUUGUACGCUUGAAAAUGAGACGAGUUAACUUCUGUCGUCUGAACUUAACUUAAUCAAAUAUUCCCUCUGCGCGUUUCACAUUUUCUAAAUAUCACAAUUCAUACAUCUAAAAAAUAUGUUUUAUAUCCUCUACAGUUUAUUUAAUUAUUUUUUAAUCAUUUUUAAUUUAUUUUUUUAAUGUUUAUCUGUUUGUAAUUAUCAUGCAUAGUGAAAAAACGUUUU